AUGACUCGAACGUUAUUUAUAGAAGAAGAGGUGCGACUAGUAAUAGAGCGGCGCCUAAAAUAUAUUAGAGCCGCUAAGAAUAUAGCUCGACUCCAUAGCGUGUUUCGUAAGAACUAUUGUCGCCGCCUAGAUAUUAAUAAUUAUAUCCCUACAAUUGUAUCACGGCAUAAUCUCGCUAAUGCCCUACGAAAGGCGAAUAUUCUAUAG